GUCACAGCAGCGCGCGUGACCGCCAAAAUCACCCACUUCAUUAUCGGUCUGAGCCUCACGACCGCAGCCGCAGAUCGCCCCGAUCGUCCAACCGCGCGCGAUGGCUUCCCCGCGCAAGGCACCCCUCCCCCCUCCCGGUCUGAUGAUGGCGAUCGCCGCACCGCGACGACGCGGCCGGGCGGGCAGGCGGAGCCGAAUGGCCGAUGGGUCGAUAUGAGGUGGUGGCCUGGUGGGGGUGACUGCUGAGCUGCUGCGCGCGGCCAAAAGUUCCCCCCGGCCGUCCCGUCCUCGUGCCGCGCCUAUAUAAACACCAUCCAUUAUCCCCGCCUGAACGCACGCGCACGCACCAUUUCUCACGCAGUAAGCCCCACCUGCCACCAGCUGGUGUUUUCUUUUCAGUCAGCGAGAACGAUCGAUCAAUGGCGUCCUUGUGCCCCGGCAGCAGCGGCAGGGCGUCGGCGGCGGCGCUGCUUCUCGUGCUCCUCCUGACGACGUCGCCGCCGCGCGUGGACGCCAGGACCAUGCUCGCUGUCGCCGGCGCUCGUUCCAGCGUGGAGAUUGACGGCGAGACACAAGAGGCAGCAGCUGCCGGCUGGUCGGCGCUGCUCCGCGGGCCUCCGGCCUCCGGGGCCACCGCCGGCAGGUGGACGGCGGGUCGCCGCGGCAAUGCGGUCGGGGCAGCCGUGGCGGCGCGGGUGCUGGGGUCGGUCCCGAGCCCUGGAGUCGGCCAUUGAUUACCCGGCCCCUGGAGUCGGCUAGACGGCUUAUCAGCCACAUGUGUAUCGUAUCGUAUCUUCAUGUUGUUUGGAUCCGUACGUGGACUGAUUGGACGGGCUCGAGGAGGUAGAGUGUGCUGGGAGGCAAGAUUUUGCGGUGGGUCCAUCCGUGCGUCCCGUUUCUACCAUUUGUACGUUGUUUGCACAUACCAGUUUCUUUCGUUCGGUUACAUGGCCCUUUCUUCCUCACUUGUUUCCAUAGAUAUUUCCUCACAUGGUGAAAUAACUGCACUUAAAGGAAUUCAGAUAGGUCUACUUCUUUCUUCAAUAAAAGGGAAAUCAAACUACGUGAUCCAUCGCCGAGGCAAGCGUGAAUUAUGACCUUCGCCUACAACACGACCAGAUAUAUCACGUCGACCGUACUUUAAAAGAUCACAAGGUAGGGAGCUAGCAAAAAAGAAAAACUGUGCUAGGUUUACUACCAAUAAAAACUUCCAUUGCAAAAUAAAAAGAGUGAAUAUUUAGUUUUGCACGUUUCGUCUAUUUACCACAUUUGAGCUAGUCUCAAGCCAAGAAAAGCCCAUUCCAAUACUUUAAAAAAAAAAAAAUCUCAAGCAAAU